AUGGCCGACGGUGAGCUACUGAGGUUAGACGACGCUUACUUAUCGUCAAUUCUGUGAUAGUGUAAUAGACAUGAAAAAAAUUAAAAUAUGAGUUCAGGAGAACAAGGAGCAGAAGGCGGCGGUGAAAAGGACGUGGAGUAUUAUUACAGACCAGGUGGGAGACGGAAUGAUGGUUUAAAAGCUGCAGAUAUUGUUCAUGUUUUACGAGAAAGGGUGGCUUACCUUUCAGGUGGCCGAGAUAGGAGAGGUGGUCCUAUUUUAACCUUCCCCUCACACACACACCCAGAAAGAUUAAAAUAUGAAGACCUGAGAAGGCUUAUGACAUAUUUAGCAAGUGUUCCAAGUGAUGAAGUUCGAGAAAGAGGCUUCACAAUGAUACUAGAUAUGAGGGGCACAAAAUGGGAAACAGUAAAGCCUAUAUUGAAAGCUUUACAGGAAUGUUUUCCUGGCAAUAUAAACAUGGCAUUUAUUAUCAAACCUGAAAAAUUUUGGGAGAAGCAGCGAACUAGUCUUGGAAGCUCAAAGUAUAAUUUUGAGACCAACAUGAUAUCAUUAGACAGUCUUAAUAAAGCCAUUGAACCUAGUCAGCUAACAAGAGAGUUUGAUGGAACACUGGAGUAUGAUCACGAACAGUGGAUACAACUGCGGCUGAUGUUAGAGGAGUUUAUAUGGAAGGCUCUAGACCUGCUGGACAAGCUGGAUGAACUGGGAGAGAUCCUCACCAAUCCAGAGCUACCAGAUGACCUUAAUGGUGCUCAAAUGGUGCUGGAAGAACACAAUCACCUGAAGAAAAGGGUCCAAAUGGCACCAGUGGAGCAGCUGGCCAUGGAGGGACACCAGAUUUUACAAAGGAUCACUGGGGAAUAUAGUGGAUCUCAUGGAAGGAGGUAUGUGAUUUCUGGCAAUGCUGACUUCCAGUCUGCUGUACCUCAGAUCUCCCAGCUGCUUGACAACCUCCAGUCCACCAAGCAACACCUGAACCAGCUGUGGAGUGUCAAGAAGAUGAGACUGGAACAAUGCUUACAACUUAGAAUAUUUGAAGAAGAUGUAGAAAAGAUGUUUGAAUGGAUUAGUCAUAAUAGAGACCUAUUUCUAGUCAACUACACAGAGAUAGGAACCUGUCAUCAAAUGGCAGUGGAGCUUGAAUCUGAACAUUGUCAGUUUGCCACAAGUGCUGAGAAUGUGUAUGUGAAUAUAACAAGAAUUCUGGGUAUGGCCCAACGCAUGUGUGACUCUGGUCAUUACGCCUCAAAUACUAUUAGAAUGGAGGGUGGGAGGCUUGAAAGAGAGUGGAAGAGUCUAGCUGCGGCAUUAGAAGACAGAAGCACUGUUCUGCGCAUGUCAGUAGUGUUUCAUAAAAAAGCUGAACAGUACCUUGCUCAAGUGAUUGUAUGGCAGAAUACAUGUGAAAGUCUCAAGAUUCCCUCAGGUAUUGAGGACCUUGAGGAGGCUCUCCAGCAGCAUCAGAAUCUCAUAGAAACCAUCAGUCAGACAUAUGCUGAGGUUUGUGGUGAUGGGAAAGCACUCUUAGAUACCCUUCAGACACCUGUUACAUCCAGUAGUGCUAACUCUAUAACUGCCAAGGCAGAUUACUCUGAGGCUGCUGGUCAUGUUUUAGAUGUAGUUCACGAGGUCCUGGCACACCAGCGUCAUUUAGAACAAAUUUGGCAUGGCAAAAAGGUCAAGCUUCACCAAAGGCUAGGACUUAGGCUCUUUCAGCAAGACGUGAAGCAGGUGAUUGACUGGCUAAACAACCAUGGUGAUGUUUUCCUCAAGAAAAACAUCUCUAUAGGGAAAUCACUGCAGAGAGCCAAGGCAUUACAGAAAAGUCAUGAGCACUUUGAGUCUGUAGCAAGGAAUACAAUAACAAAUGCAGAAAAACUUCUAGCAGCAGCUGAUGAGCUUGCUCAAACUGGAGAGUGUGAUGCCACUGAAAUUUACAGCGAAGCACAUGAACUAGAGCAGCGAAUGCACUCAUUUUUAACUGCUCUUCAAAGGCGAAGAGCGGUGUUGGACAUGACAGUGAUAUUUUAUUCACAUGUACAUGAGUUGACCAACUGGUUAGAAGAUCUGCACACAGAGCUACAAAGCACAGAGCUAGCUGACAGCGUUGAAGGGGCAGAGCAUUUGAUAGCACAGUUCAAUCAGCAGAGGGAAACAACUGUGGAAGCUGCUAUCAAUACUGUUGGGGAGGGAGAGACGCUGUUGGAACAGCUAAGGAUCAUUUCCAUGGAAACAGAAAAGACAGGACACAGUGCUGAUUACAAGCACAUAGAAGGGGUCCUAAGUCAGCUCAAUGACAGUCGCAGUCAGCUUGAAGAUUUAUGGGCAGCAAGAAAAAUGAAGCUAGAUCUUUGCCUGCAGUUGCAGGUCUUUGAGAGGGAUUCAAUGGAGGUAUCCUCCCAGCUGGAGUUACUGUCAGAGGAGUUACAGCACAUGGAAAUGGUAACAGAUGGCAGUAAAGCUGAGCAGCUGUUACAGAUUCACAAUGAGAGUGUCAUGCAUGUACAAAACUGCACAUAUGAAGUUAUACAACGGGGCCAAGAAUUAGCACAGGUGAUGAGUGAGAAUGAUCAUGACGCAACCAAUCGCAUUAGUGUCUUAUUAGAAUAUCUAAAUGAGAGACAAGUAGAUCUAGAGGGUCUGGCUGAACAAAAGAGGUUAAGACUUCAGCAAUGUGUGCAUCUGAGGAACUUUGAGAUCGAAGCCAGACAGGUGAUCUUGUGGGUAAGAAAUGGAGAGUCAAUGCUGACUGACAGUUUUAUGUGUCCAAACUCACUUGUAGAAGCUGAACAGCUGAAGAAAGAACAUGAACAGUUUAUGAUUGCUAUAGAGAAAACCCAUUUUAGUGUUGUGACUGUGACACAAAGAGCUGAGGCCAUGCUCCAGCAACAACACUACAACGCAGAGCUGGUGCGGGCUAUUGCAGAAAAUGUGACCCUAGCCUGGCAGCAGCUGAUGUAUCAUGCAGAAGAGAGGCAGAAGCUGGUCAUGGCAUCCACCAAUUGGUACAAAACUGCUGAGCAGGUCUGGUCAGUAUUAGAGUCAUUAGAUCGUGAUUACAAGCGCGAUGAAGACUGGUGCAAUUCGGAGAAAGCUGGUACCACCAACACGCAGGCUAAGGCAGCUUACCUAGUCCAACUUAUAAAUAAACACAAUGAGCAGAAGGAGGCUUUUCUUAGGGCUUGUACUUUGGCAAGAAGAACUGCUGAAACAUUCCUCAAGUAUGUGACCAGAAACCUUCACUUUCUGGGCAUGCAGAUGAAAUUUAGAAGCCCUGAACAAAGGGUGAAAGCCACAUUGACCAAGUUAUUAGGGCAGGAAAACCUAGUCUUAGAAUUCUGGACCAUCAAGAAAAGGAAACUUGAGCAGUGCCACCAGUUUGUUUUGUUUGAACAAAGUGCUAAGCAGGCACUUGAAUGGAUCCAUGACUAUGGUGAGGCUUAUUUGGCAUCACACACCAAUCUAGGCGCAGACAAAAAUGAAACAGAAGCUUUGCUUAAAGAACAUUAUGAAUUUAGAAACAGGGCCAAGGAAACGAAAGAAAAUGUUAAGCUACUUCUCCAACUUGCGGACGAUUUCGUCACAAAAGGUAACAUCCAUGCUACCAGCAUCAUGGAAUGGUGCUCUAUGGUGGACAAACGUUACAAAUUGUUUUCUUCCCGCAUGGAGAAGUACAGGAUUCAGCUGCAGGGAAAGCUGGGUGUUACCCCACAAGAGCAAAGUGAAAAAGAUGAACAAAGGCAGAGUGACUCUUCUAUUGAAGAGAAACUGGAGCAGACAGGAACAGCAAAAGAAAUAACAGAAGAGAAGAGAAAAUCUGCUAGGAGGAGAGAGUUCAUUAUGGCAGAGCUACUACAGACAGAAAGGACUUAUGUGAAGGAUUUAGAAACAUGUAUUCAAUAUUACAUGAAGCCUAUGUCAGACCCCAACAUGAAUGUCCCAUCUGGCAUCAAUGGCAAAGAGCACAUUGUGUUCAGCAACAUGGAUGAGAUAUAUGAAUUCCAUAAAGAUGUUUUUCUUAAAGAACUAGAAAAGUAUGAAACAAUUCCAGAAGAUGUAGGCCAUUGUUUUGUCACAUGGGCUGAGAAGUUUUCCAUCUAUGUGACUUACUGUAAAAAUAAACCAGAUUCUAAUGCACUGCUUGUAGAGCAGGCAGGCAGUUUCUUUGAGGAGAUGCAGCGCAAGGCCACACUAGACGAGCGCAUUGCCUCCUACCUGAUUAAGCCUGUGCAGAGAAUCACCAAGUACCAACUUUUGCUCAAAGAUUUGCUCACCUGCUGUGAGGAACACACCGGAGAAAUAAAAGAAGCCUUAGAAGUGAUGAUGAAUGUCCCAAAGAAAGCUAAUGAUGCCAUGCAUCUGAGUAUGCUAGAGGGACUGGAGGACAGUCUGCAGGCCUACGGUGAAGUCCUUCUGCAGGACAACUUCACAGUCUGGGACCCCAAACAGCUGAUCAAGAAAGGGAGAGACAGACACCUGUUUCUGUUUGAUGUCUGCCUGGUAUUCUCUAAAGAGGUCAAGGACAGUAAUGGGAAAUCCAAGUAUAUUUUCAAGUUUAAACUUAUGAUCUCAGAAAUCAAUGUUACGGAACAUAUUGAAGGGGAUGAGACCAAAUUUGCACUAUGGACUGGCAGGGCACCUAUUUCAGAUUAUAGGAUAAUACUGAAGGCGUCUUCACUUGACACCAAGCAACAGUGGGUGAAGAAACUGAGAGAGCUGAUACAGGAGAGAGUCAUGUACCUCAACGACGCCCUCAAAGACAAGCAGGCAACAAUGUUUAAACCCCCACCCAAACUGUUCAACACUAGUCGUGUCAGCAGGGAGAUUGAAGGGGAGACGGUUGAAGGCUUAUCUGCCCUUGAGAGGCGGGGAUCUCUCAUGUCAAUCACCUCCAACACCACUACAGGGACCAAUGAUAGCAGUGGCAGUGGAGGCAUGCAUAAUAAGGCUGGACAAGACCUGACGUUGGUUGUGGAGGAUUUCAUCGCCUCAAGCCCCAAAGAAGUGAGCGUGAUGCGAGGGCAGCAUGUAGAAAUCAUCGAUGCCUCACCUGGUCAGUUAGACUGGUGCCUGGUCCGUACACUCCCGCCAGAUGGCGCUGACAGCUCGCAGGGAUUAGUUCCUAUGUCUGUCCUAAAACCUAUCUCAUUUCUACAAACACCUGGGGCCAGAAACAGUAUUGAUCUAGAUGAUUCAAUGAACAAUGCUGAAGGGACAUCAUCACCAGUGAGCAAAAGACGAAGUAGUUUUAAGAAAUGGCUGACUACACCUGUGAGAAAGCUCAGUCAUGGUCGAAUAGAAAAACAGGGAGGGACUUUGUUGGACCCCCAGAGAGCACUGCAGCGGGGUGAAAGGAGGGUGAUCUCAAAUCCUCUGGGCUUGGAGAGGGACUCCACAGCAGGGGAAACCACUCCAACAGCCGAACAAGGGGUCAUCACUCCUCAGGUGGCUGUCUUAACACAGAAGCAGCCACUAGACUCCACAAAUGAGGAAGAAGAGCCAGCACAGGAUAUAGAGAUGCCCCCUCCUAUGGAGAUCCAAGACCAUUCAUUCAAGCCAGAGAGCAAGGAGGUCUCCACAGAUGAUGUCACAGCUAAACUGGCAUCCCAGCUGUCACUGAAGCCACAGGGAGAGAACUCAGUGGCCACAGACCUAACCAGUCAGAUAGAGAAUAUAAACAAGCAUAGAAUUGAGCCUACAGCUGAAGGUGCCAGUGGAAACUCUUCAAAAUCAGACCUGAACCCCAGCCCAUCAGGCACACAGGCAGAGCUAAGUCUAGCUGACGCCACCUUAAACCCUACAGAUAGCAGGGAAGAAGAAGAGGAUGAUAAAGUUGAUGAAGGGAGAGACUUUGAGGCUGAAAAAGCCAAGUUCCUCAAGAAAAGACAAUUUGUUGUGCAAGAGCUUUACGACACAGAAAAAGACUAUGUGAAAGAUUUAGCAACUAUAGUUGAUGGUUACAUGGCAUACAUGAGGGAUAACCCACUGCCUGAUGAGAUGGAGGGCAAAGAUAAAAUUGUUUUUGGCAACAUUCACCAAAUUUAUGAUUGGCACAAUGAGACUAUGCUUUCUGAGUUAGAAUCAUGUUUGACCAACCCAAACAAAGUUGCAUCUAUAUUUAUUCGUUAUGAAAGAAGGUUAUACAUGUAUGUAAAAUAUUGUGAGAACAAACCCAAGUCAGAAUAUGUUGUAUCUGAGUAUCUAGACACAUAUUUUGAGGAAGUUCGGCAAAAACUAGGUCACCGCCUCAUGCUUCCAGACUUGUUAAUUAAACCUGUUCAAAGAAUCAUGCGCUACCAACUUUUGCUCAAAGACAUCCUAAAAUACACAGAGAAAGCUGGAGAGGACCCAUCAGAAUUAAAGAAAGCUCUGCGUGUCAUGUGUAUAGUCCCUAAGGCUGCCAAUGACAUGAUGCAAGUUGGGAGGCUGCAGGGAUUUGAUGGUAUCAUUACUGCUCAAGGCAAGUUGCUACUGCAGGAUACCCUUUCCGUGUCAGAAGCCUCAUCCGGAGGCCAACAGAAAUUUAAAGAGAGAAGAGUUUUCCUGUUUGAGCAGAUCAUCAUCUUCAGUGAGAUGAUUGAAAGAAAGAAAGGAAAUUUCUCUAAUGCAACUUAUAUUUUCAAAAAUAGCUUAAAGGUGAAUAAAAUGUCAUUGAAUGACAAAGUUGAAGGUGAACCUUUGCGCUUUCAACUAACUGACCGCACUCCAGGGUCAGAUGUUCGGAUGAUAGUCCAAGCCAAUUCUGAAGAGAAUAAAGAGACAUGGAUUAAACAAAUCAGAUCUAUUUUGGAUAUGCAAGGGGACUUUUUGCGAGCUCUCCAAUCACCCAUAGACUACCAGAGAAACCAGAUGAACCUUACUAAAGAUUUAUCGGCUCCUGAUUUCAACACCAGCUUUGGAGACUCAGCCCUACGAAAAACACAAUCCCACCCACUUAACAGGUUACACAACCUGAGCCCAUCAAAGUCUCCAGCCACAAAAUCUCGCUCGGACAUUUCAGUGGCUGGACCCAAAUCAAAAACAGAUCGAUGUAAAUCUAUACCCGGGCAGUUUCCACAAUGUCUGGUAGAAGAUAGUGGAGAUAGUGCUCAAGACAAAGCUUCUUGCCCUAAUUCACCCAUGGAUGUUAGCAAAGAUCUCUUGCGCAACAAUAGUAGUGACAGCAGUUUAAGGAAGUUUUCUUCAUCGGGUGCCGAUGCUACGGCUGGCUCCAGCUCCCCCAAGCCAAAAAAGACAAUAUUUGACGGCUUUCGAAACACACUGGGCCGCAAAUCUAAAUCCAGCGACAAUAGCAAGUUGUUAUCCGACGCGACAAACAUUUCAUCCCCCCAGUCACCCACAUGCGCAGGUUUAGGACUGGAAGCUUCUAAUUCGUUUACAAUGGAGGUCGGGAACUCCGAGGCUAGUACGGCCAUGUCUGAGGCGUACGAUGACGCAACAUCUGCAGCAGCGGCGGCGGCUUCAUCGUCUGCGGCGACGGCGGCGGCAACUUCACUCAGCCCCUCGACACCUUCGAGUCGGGUGGCAGAUACCCCCUUGACCAGUGGACGCAUCUUGUUUGACUACCAAGCUAUCAAGGAGGACGAGGUCACAGUGUCCAAGGGUGAGCUGGUUCAAAUCCUCAACACCAACCACCUGAACAUGUACCUGAUACACCGACCAGCCAAUCAGACGUCACCUGCGGCUGAAGGCUGGGUGCCCAGUCAUAUCAUUGGACCCAGGGACGGAGAGGGCAGCCUCAAGAAAUCUAAGCAGAUGUUUAAAAUCAAGAAGCCAAUGUUUAGGACACCCCAGCGAGCAGAGUCUGAUGCUAAGGACAAGAAGGACAUGGACGGCAUGAACAGUUUGGAGAGGAAGUCCAAAUCACUAGGCAGGGAUGGGAAGCCUAAAGUCAAGUUCAUAUCUGCGGAGCUUGGGUUUGAGAUCCCCCCUAUUGUCCAGCAACCCUUGACCAGCCUGACCGUCCAGGCAGGUGACACUGCCACUCUGACCUGCAAAAUUUGUGGUCGUCCAAGACCUAUAGUGUCAUGGCGGUACCAAGACUCUUCUCCUAUUGGUCCAAGCAAUCGCGUGAUGAUUAUGUAUAACGAGGAGGGCGUGGCAACACUUCAAAUUGCCAACGUCAGCUCUACAGACAGUGGUGAAUACUCCUGUGUGGCCUCAAGUGAGAUAGGCUCCAUAGUGACCCGAGCCUCGUUAACAGUUUUAGACCGCCCUGGGCCACCUGGCCAACCUGUGAUCAGAAAUCAAGUUGGAACAGCUGUACACCUGGAGUGGGCCCCACCUUUAAAUGCUCAAACGAUGCCCACCAUGGGCUCAGGUGUCCCUGUACAAAUUCAAGGGUACACUAUAGAGUUUAGGGAGGCAGGUUCCACCAUGUGGCAGCUGGCCAUCCCGUAUGUCCCCAACACCUCACAAGUGAUAGGAGACCUGGAGCCUGGCCUGACCUACCAGUUCCGCAUCAGCGCCAACAACGCUAUUGGCAUCAGUGAGCCGAGUAAACCUUCCCCUUACGUGGCCAUACCCAGUGAAUAUGAACUAAGUGAAAGAGAAGACGCACCUUGUGUUAUGUGGAAGGCAACAUUUGAAAAUGACUUUACAGAUUUGGGAGAGAUAGGAAAAGGUCGCUUUUCUGUGGUCCAUUGUUGUGUCCAGAAGUGUUCCGGCCAAGAUCUGGCCUGCAAGUUUAUCACCAAGAGGCUGAUCAGGAAGGAAGCUGUGGAGAUAGAGUUCAACACCCUCCAGAGUCUACAGCACAUGCAUCUGGUCAAAGUCUUUGACCUUUAUGAGACCCCAGCACAGUAUGUCAUCAUCAUGGAGUUGUUAACCCAUGGACGUCUACUAGAACACAUCAUUAGCAAGCAUCAUUUUGACGAGCUGCUGGCAGCAGAGUACAUGGCUCAACUACUGGACAGCCUGCACUACCUACACAACUGUCGGAUAGCACACCUUGAUAUUAAGCCUGAGAACCUGAUGAUGGAGGCGUCACCAUCGGCCAUGUUCCUGAAACUUGUUGACUUUGGUGAUGCUCGUCACAUCUACAACAACUACUACAUCCACCCCAUGAUUGGACACCCAGAGUUCACCAGCCCUGAGGUUGUCAGUGGGACACCAGUUGGGCUGUUGACAGAUAUAUGGAGUGUAGGAGUUUUACUGUAUGUUUUACUUAGUGGGGUGUCCCCAUUCCUGGAUGAGAGCCAGGAGGAAACUUGCUCCAACAUUGUCAGGAAUGACUUUUGUUUCCCAGACGAGUACUUUGCUGGUAUUUCCGCUGAGGCCAAAGAAUUGAUACGGUUUAUGCUUGUUGAGGAGCUCAGUAAGCGACCAACUGCCCAAGCUUGUUUAGAGAGUCCCUGGAUCAAGAAGGCUUCUGUACCCCGCUGCUCCCCCAUACGACCUAAGCCAAUCAACACAUCCCGUCUCUCAGAUUUUAUUCAGCGCAGAAAACACCAGAGUGAUGCUUUUAUUCUCAAGUCUCUGCCAUAACCUGCCCAACUCAUCAAGUUUUUCUAGAAACUUCCUCUCACACAAUACUUUACUACUGUAAUUAAGCUAAUAUUUAAGUUUUAAUUAGCCUCUAGGUAGUCCAGUAGUUACAUAACACAAUGACACCCCCCCCCCACUUUCACCCCUUCCCUCAGACAUUAAUGUAACUGGUUAGCAGAUCUAUACAGUUGUAAUGUACAUCAACAACUGUGUUUUUUUAUUUAUGAUCACAGGCCUUUUUUUGUAAGAUAUGUUUGACUAAAACACAUUAUUAGUUUCAUAGCUUUUUGCUAAGCUUUACAGUUUUAUAGAAGACAAUAACAUACUUUUAAAAUAUAGUGUUAGAAAAAUAACACUAAAAAUAAAUAACAUACACAAUAAAUUAAAUGUACUUCUUAAUUUGUAUCGGCCUAAGAUAUUUUUAAAUGUGAGAAACACCUAAAUGUACAUCGCGUUUGUAUACUAUUGUUAUCCUCUAACUUUUUUUUUUCUUUUUUUUUAAAAUGGAGAUCUAUUGUCACUAGAGCAUACUGUUUAUUGCAGUUUCAAUAUUUUCACACACAGAGUUCGUGACAGACAGGUUUUAUAUAUCGACUAAAGCCUGGGCGUAUGUUUUAAGUUAGUCCCACUAAAGUUUGUGACAUAGAAAGUUAUUAUGUAUUAGUUGUCCCAAGUCUAGACAUGUUAAUUCUAGCUUCACUGCAACCACAAAAGUAGUUUUUUGAAACAGUAGUAACAAAAUUGAUUAGAGUAACCUUCUGUGUGUUUUUAUUUCAUGCUCUUACUGAAUCUUCAACAUGAGAAAUUAAUUAUAUUCGCCCUUUGACCUUGGUGUAUAUUGUUUUCUCAUCUCUUUUAUUCUACUUAAGUACGCAAGGCUUCAUCAAAAUAUUGUUUUUAUGUUUAUGUACAUAUUCAUUGAAUACUUUUUUUUACACCCUCUGAAUGUAUUGGGUAAAGCUGUAAAUACAUUUUUUUAUUGACAGAUGCUGAUAAUUUCUGCCAUUUGGACAUAGUAGUUUAUGUAUAUAUUUCAACCAUUGGAUACUUAAGAGAGAAAUCCAUUUAAUCCCCUACAAGUUUGUGCAAAACAUAGUUUAGACUUUAUUACCAAUUGUAAUCACCACUUCAUAGUUUUUUUUUACUAUUUUUUUCUGCUGAAAACUUAAGUGAAUGACAAUUCUUUUUACCUGAAAAAAAUUGUUCAAGAUAAUUAUUGUGCUUGAGUGUAACUUCACAUUUUGCAGCAAUAUAAUAGUCUAUUGGUAGAUUUUUUUUCUUCAAAUCACUGGUCUGGGAAGUGAUAAUGAAAUGAUUCAGUUACUUUAGAAAAGAUUUGACUUGUUGGCACACAACUGUGAUUUGAUUAGAAUGGUUGAUGUAGGUCUUAGUGCACUCUGACUUAGCUUAAACAUGAGUUUAAUUUAAUACAGAACACACUUUGUUUUUAUCAUUCAAAUAAUGUAUUGUUUCAUAUUUGAUUACAAAGUAUUAAACAUCAGUUUGAUGACCAUUUCAUCAUGCAGUGCAAGCACAUGUAAUUUCUGUUAAAUAAUGAAAUUUUGUUAAGAAUUUUAAAACAGUAAUUCACCCAACGUAUACAUUUUUGUACUGUUUGACCUUCUCCAGAAGUAUUCCAAGGUGUGCAUAAUGGUCAUCUAACACACAAAGUAGUUUAGGUACUUAACUUCUUUUUUAUAUUCCCCUAUGUCAUCAGUUCAACUGUUGUGUUAUGGGAAGGCUGUUGGACAUCUGAUACAAUUAUGUUACAAUUGUUAAUGAACUGAUUCAGUUUGUGUAGAUGUACUUACCUCAUUUCAGGGAAAUCAAACAUUUCCAUUUCUCUUGUAGGAUAUUCCUUUCUUUUUACACUUGUUGCUUUUUUGACAUAAUGUUCAUUUGAUUUCAAUUUUUAAAAAAUCAAAAUUAUGCUAACCUGCUGUAAGAAACAAAUGCUGACUUAAAAAGAUCUAUGUACUCUUUUAUUUAAAGAUCAUUUUAUUGUAAGAAAAUAUAAAUUACUUCAUACAUUUUUUUACACAAUAAAAUCAUUAAAUGAUGAUAUUUCUGGCUAUCUACUUAACAUUGAGUUCACAGCGCUUGCAUUUUAUAUAUUUAAAAAUUCUUACAAACUGUUAUAAUAUAAUCACUUUGAAGAUACCCCAUGUAAGAAUGAAUGUCAAAAAUUAGAUUUGCCUCAUCACUUUUUUACCUGAAUGUCACAAUUGUUUAAAUAGCUAGACUACAUCUAGAUUGAUAAGUUUUUAAACCCAAGUGAAUUGCUGCCAAAAAACUAUUUAAAUGGUAGACAACACACUGAUAUAACAACACUGUACAUAUCUUUUUAUCCGACCUCAGUGCUUUUCAUGUGAAUAUCUCUUUCAUAUUUUUUCUUCACUUGCAUCAGAAUUAAUGGACUGCGACUGAAUUCUUGUUACCGUUAUUUUUUAUUUCACCAAUGUCAUAUUUAUAUUUACAGCCAUGUCAAUCAAUGUAUUUGUCAUCAGCAUUGCCAUUAUGACCAUUGCUAAUUAAAUUUUUAAAAAUUCAUCA